GUGAUGCCGUCGGUCACAAGACCUUAAGUGUCGCGACGUGACUCGAGUCGGACUGGUGGGGCUUUUGUGCGAGUGCUUCCAACGUGUUGGUGGAGCCCGCGGCGAGGAUUAGCCGCGCUGGACCUGCGUGCAUGAAAUAGUCCGUCAGGACAUGUGAAGCGUGGGGAACAAUGCGGGGUCAAGGCUAGCAGCGAGGGAGGGCCGCCGAGCGAGCGAGCGAGCGACAACGAGACCUUGUGGAGAGAAUCAGGAACACGUUGGUCAUGCCCCGCCGCGAGCACGAGGCGUACAGUCUCUCCCGCCGCAGCUCAACACGCGCCUACAGCAAGUGAUGAGCGCCGAUAUUGGCCUCACUAACACACACCCUUCAACCAGUGGAGCGUCCAGUGCUGGUGCUGCUGCGUGCCCGAAUGCGACUCAAGGAUAUUUAGUGACGCAAGACUCGCUGGAAACUGGUACCGGCAACGGCGUACUCUGUCGGGAAUCGUCCUUCUCCGAUAGUCUGGAAGAAAGCGGCGCCAGUGAUAGUUUGCUCUGCGUCAACGGCAGUGUGUCUGAUAUCCGUUCGCCCGAUACUGGGAACGAGUUUAGUGACAGUCUAGAAGAGUCUUGUAGUGAUUCUGAUUUGACUGAGUACGUCGACAGUGAUACGGGUUCUUUUUAUUCGGUCCACUCUAACCUGACGGCUCGAGGUGGUGACAGUAGCUUAUCGCUGGAAGAGACCGAGUACCACAGUGAAACUACCGUGUACAGUUCGACCCGGUCCGUCCACGCCGCGUUGACAUCAAGUGCCUCUUCCCUCGGGAGCUUCGGCACUCCGCGGUCCGAGCUGAGCUUCGCUAGCGUCCCCGGCCAUCGUAACAGUUUCUGUGCUCACGCCAGCCAGCGGCGGUCCCUCGAGGCGCGGUCAGUGAGCGAAUCGUCGUGGGAGUACGCCAGCUGCCCCAACCUCUUGCACACGCAACUCAGCCUCACCUCGCCUCCCCCUGACCGCAACCGCAAGCCCUCCGUGGCCUCGGCCUCCUGCGCUAACCAUCUCGGAGGAAGAAGGGCGGCUCGUUUGUCUCAAGGGAAACCCUCGACGGUGAGUUCAGACAGCAUGAGUACUGUCGACGGCGCUCCUUCUCCCAAGCUGGGCGAAGACGGGGACAAGAAGAAGAAGGGACUCAUGUCAUCCUUCCGCAAGAGCCGCAAGACGAGCAGGAAGCUUCGCCUGCAGAAGAAGGCGGGCGACACUGACAGCAUCUCGUCUGCGGUGUCGGCCGUGACCAGCGACGGCGAGCCGGAAACGGUCGACUCGGAGGCCAGCGCCCCCAACAGUCCCCUUCCCGUCAAGAACGACAUCAUCAAAGCGGCGAACGAUGAUGACAAAGGCGAGGACACCAUCGACAAUGUGGACAGCCACCAGGCCACCCACGAGAGGCUCAACGGCUCCUCCUCCCCCAAGGGCUCCGCCGACAACAGCAUGAACUCCUCGCCGGCUGUUUCCAAGAAGCUGAACGACACUAAGAAAGCUGCUGACGAGAAGGAGGAAAGGAAGAAGGAAAAGAGCAAGUUCGGCUUCUUGUCUCGCAAGGACAGCAAGAAGCAAAAGGCCGAUCAGAAGGCUCCCGUUGAGUCCGAGGCCUUGCUCGCCAACACGGACCCCGAGACGACUUCCCAGUCGUCGAGCAUCAAGGAGGAGAAGGACGAAGGCAACGACGAGGCCGCGGACGCAGUUUCUCCGCUGAUUUCUUCUCCAGAAGCCCUCGAGCAGGCCGGGGACCCUUCCGCGGCCCCCGAGGAACCGUCCGCGGCCCCCGAGGAAGCUCCCGCGGCCCCUGAGGAAGCUUCCUCACCGCCCGCCGAGGAAGCUCCCUCGGCCCCCAAGGAAGCUCCCUCACCGCCCGCCGAGUCACGCAGCUUGUCCUUCCGCUCGUACAUCACUUCCGUUCAGUUUGUCAAGAACUGGACAGGGAGCGGUGACACGAGAGGGAGCGUGGAUGCUCCCGAUUCGAAGGACGCGAAGCCGGCCAAGCCAGCGACUGCCGAGGAGAAUGACGCCAAGAAGACAACGCCCAAGUCUCCUGGAAACGAGGCAGGUGCAAGCACAGACAAGCGCGAGCACCUGUACAAGAUCCUGGUGAUUGGCGAACUGGGAACCGGGAAAACGUCCAUAAUCAAGCGCUAUGUCCACCAGUUCUUCAGUCAGCAUUACCGGGCCACCAUCGGUGUCGACUUCGCUCUCAAAGUCCUUAACUGGGAUAGCAAUACAGUUAUCCGUCUGCAGCUCUGGGAUAUUGCAGGCCAAGAGCGCUUUGGAAACAUGACUCGGGUGUACUACAAGGAGGCCGUGGGAGCCUUCGUUGUUUUCGACGUGACUCGAGCCCAGACUUUCGACGCCGUGACCAAGUGGAAGACGGACCUGGACACGAAAGUCACCCUUGCGGACGGCUCUCCCAUCCCUGCGGUUCUGCUUGCUAAUAAGUGUGACCAGCCCAAGGAAGGGGUCGUAAACAAUCCUGCCCGGAUGGACGACUACUGCCGAGAGCGAGGUUUCAGUGGAUGGUUCGAGACUUCUGCUAAAGAGAACAUUAACAUCGACGAAGCAUCACGAUUUCUUGUUAAUAAGAUCCUAAGCAACGAAAAGCAGGGAAUGAUGAUGACCGAAUCCCUGGACACCGACAAGUUCUCCAUCGACGGAAAGGCCAACCCAACCGAGAAAGCCAGUUGCCGAUGCUAAAGAAAACCAGAUGCUGAAUUCCCACCCACGCUUAGAAAUACUGCGGUGUCCUUUAUAGCAUUGACUACGCUACUGUAUACAUUUCCAUUCGCUGAGAUGUUUCUGCCACCGGUGCAGGUAGUGAGAAGUUGAGACGAGGUGUGUGUGUGUUGUUUAUGAUGAAUAGGAUACAUUGAGGUUGCAGGAAGGGUCGCGCUCGUCCUUAUCAUGAGAUAGAAGGAUGGGGAAGUGAUCACGUUAUGGCACUUGCAUUAUGAUGUGAUGUCCCUUUUUGUCUUCUUAAUUUUUGAAUAGGAAGCAAUAGGAUUAUUUGGACAAUUGGUAAUACUCAAUGAAAAUAAGAGGAAAUGUUAAGCAUAGGCAACUGGGGUGUUGAUAUGUGUUUUGGCAGUGAUAUGGAUUUUAGACUUUCUUUUCUUUUGGUCUUUAUUUAUUUAUGAAAAAAAUGUUUGAGUGGUUCUGUUGCACAAGAUAAGUUGUUUUAUCUGUAUCUUACAUAUUCAAGGAGAAUAUUAUGCAAUUCCAGACUUACUGAAGAUGCUUUUCGUUGUGUUCCCAGGUGAUUUACUUGUUUUGAUUUCAAUUUCUUCAACUUCUUAUUUUUUUCUCAAAAAUCAAUUGCCAGUUGUUGAACUUGUACAUAAUUAGAGGAUAAUCAUUUUUAAUUAGACCAUCACUGUCUCUCUCUUUUUUGUUUGCUUUCAAAAGUCACGUUAUAACUUCUAUUUCAAAAGCUUGAAGUUCUUCUGUCUUUGGGAUUUCAUAUCACUGAGAACAAAGACAAUAAUAUAUUUGGACGGACUACAUUUAAGAGAUCAAUUUGUAUAGAUUGUAAAAAGUGUUGUAAGAGGUUUAUAAGAAAAAAAAUCAUAAGGAACUUGAACCUAAAUCAGAGUUUAGAGAGAGAUGGAGUGUCCUGCUGUUGUGCCAUAGAUUGAAGUAGAGUUAGGUACUCUUUCCAUCCAUUUUUUUAUACAUAGAACAUCACAACAGGAGCUUAUGCUGUGUAUCUCUUGCUUUCUCAUUUGAAAAGAUGAGAGUGUGAGGUGGAACUUUAUAUUGGGCAGUAGACUUCUGUUCAUAUCAAUAUAGUGCUUUCUGGACCAAUUCCUGUGAUACAUUAAUACUGUAAAGACUUUGCAGUGGUUCUUUUAAUGAAUAUGUUGAAUUAAGAAAGGUGACGUUAUACUUUUUUUUUUCUUUUCUUAUAUAGAAGUGUUCAUAUGAAUAAUGCCAUUUGCACUGGAAUGUAUUAAAACUGUUUGACUAGAUCUGUAUAGAAGGAUAGUUGAUGUAGAAAGAGAAGACGCAUUGUUUUUGUUAUAUCUUGUGGUGCUUUGUGACCAUAGAUUAAUGUUUUUCCUUUGUGUAAUAUCUUUCUUUUUUUGGCUUUGAUAUAAGAGAAAGAUCACGUUAAAAAAUGUUCGAACAUGAAAACAUUAGCUUUGUUAGAAAGUGAACCAUUAAGUGGAUAUUUGUU